ACAGAAACAGUUAUAAUCACAGCAACAGUUGGAGCAAACUGUCUUCCACCACCACCACCUAAAUCUCUAGAGAAAAGUUAAAGCCAACGCCCCGUUUGCCCGUCUUUACUCCCUCCUUCCAAUUUUGUUCUCUAGUCCAGGAAGUUGCCAUUACUCACCCAUUCGAAGGAGUCGCAAGUUGGAGAGAAGAAAAAAAAACGAAGUUAGGAGGCAACAGCAGUCCGCUUUUUCCUUACUGAAUGUAACUUGUGUCUUCGUUGAGUUGUGCAACUUUGCAAUAUUCAGCCAUUAUACUUAACUGGUAAAUUAUACAUUUAAUUUCGUUAUGGCUGAUACAGAGGCCAGUGUCGCUGCGGGCUGCCUGGAGAAACUCAAGGGCUACGUGAAGACCCGAAAAGGAACUAUUCUUGCUGCAGAAAUACUCAUCAGUUUUAUUAUCCUAAUCUGCUAUGCUGCAUCAUUGUAUGGAGGUUAUUCUGCAGUGGCCAUCUGUGAGAUGGUGUUCGCCAUCAUCUUCUUUGUCGUCUUCAUGAUGGAAAUGGACAAGUCCAUCCAGGUGGUCAACUGGGUCUGGAGUGAUCUUAUCCGUGCUGCUAUUGGUGCAGCCCUGUACCUUAUCACCUCUCUGAUCUGUGUGAUUGGUGGAGCCGGGGACGGCGCCCGUAUUGCAGGAGGGGUGUUUGGCCUGCUGGCUGGGAUCCUGUUUUCCUAUGAUGCCUACACCAUCUUUCUGGUCAUCAAGAGCACCAGGCAGCACACAGCAGCGCCCACUGGUGGGUGAUUUAGAUAAGACGACAGAGUUUAAGCACUCAAAGCUAUACCCCCCCCCCAAAAAAGAAAAAGGAAGUUUGUGCAGGAGGAGUCGAAAAUGAAGAGAGAAAGAAGUGCAGCAGAUUGGAAGGAAUUUGAUGCUCAAAUGAAAGGAUUAAUAGCAGCAAUUAACCAAUGUUAGGGUCAGAAGAGAGAAACAUCUGCAGUACAUCUAUAGCUGACCCAGAGGAGAAUGUUACUGCAUUGAGAUCUGCGUGUUCAAAAUAAUUAUGUCAAUUCAAGGAGGGAUUCCCUUGACAAAGGGUUAUUCUAGUCUCUGUGUACAAUUCUACCAUCUACCGAAAAGGGAAAGAUGUAAAUAUUAUGCAGCAUAAGGAGGUGAAAAGCUUUGGUCAGUUUUCAUACAUUUGUUUUCUGAUCUAAUUAAUUAAUUAAUUAAUUAAUUAAUGUGUCAAAAGAUGUCUGUUUGUAUUACAUCCACUACUAAAGGUUUGGUUUAUUAGUAAUGAAAUUGUAGCAUUACAUCCAUAGAGGUGCUCAGAUUAAUAAAACAUUAAAAUGUAACAUCAGCUGUUUACCUUUGCAGUUUUAGUACAAAUUACUUCAAACAGCAUUCUAUCUUUCUGCUUCAUCAACAUUUCACCUCAGCGGCAAAGCCCUCUCAAUAUUCGCGCUGUAAUAUAUUAUAAUUGUGCUGGUCAAAUUUAGCCGUAAAUUUAGCCAAAUUCAUUCUGCCCCCAUAGUAAGGUUAGAUGUUCCUUUGCCACCAAAGAACUUGUCGUUAGUAGGCUACUCUUGCCAUAGGAAACACACAUGUUUUCAUCAUCCUGGUUUUCACAAAUCUAACUCAGGUUGUGUGUUUCUUGCCUGUAUUUGUGUGUUUUUUUAACCAAUGGUAAAAAAUAUAUUUUAAUGCCAUUUUGUGUUGUACAAGAGAAAUGUUACCUCAGUAAGUGCACCGUUGUUAAGGGAUAUAGACAGUCUGUAUGCGGUUAUAGUAAACUCUUAGAAAAUUGUUUAUUUAGAAUUAGCAGUUAAAUUAAUUAGCAGAGAAGAUUAUUUUAUCAAUUGUGUGGUUGGCAUUUCAGGAUCCAUAUGUUAUUUUAAUAUGCUUUAGUAAAUGCUACCUUGCCUCCGAAAUAUAAAAUUAAUGUUUCAAGGUAUAAUUUGGCCUCUGUUUUAUUUCUAACAGGAUUUUUUUAUUUCUUGUUUCAUCCUUUUUGUGUGUUUUGAAACACUGAGGCAUUCACAAUGCUUUGCACAAUAAAAGCCAUUUGUUUCUCUAAAUAA